CUCUCUAUACCUACCUAUAUACUCUACUCCGUACUACCAUUAGCAACAAGUAUACGACGACUACUUUGAUUUAGACUUGCAACUUCAGCUCAGUAAUGCCUACGUGACUCGAGUCAUCCAAACAAACCCUGUCCAGAAUAAUCCAACUCAUCGUGCACAUCUGUCAAAGGGGUCCAAAAGAAUAUCUCUCAAGGACUUGUAUGCUAGAGACCCGCGGCCAUCAUUAACUGUUUCUGUGAGCUCUCGGUCUCCGCACCCGGCAGAGUGAAUCAUGCAAUACGCACCGUUUGCCUCAGAUAUAGAACUGCCAUUUUUCACUGCUUUGGCUUCACUGAAGAUCAACCAUGAUAAGCUGGAUGAUUCUGCUCGCAAAGUUUUAGGACUUUAUGAGAUCCGUCCAACAGACACCCCCGAAACAUCAUGCCGGAUGCAAAUCCACGGAGAUGCGCUCACAAGCAAUGAUGCCCUAGGGGGUUAUUAUCGUGCUGAAGGAUUAAUUAAAAAUGUCAAUACUAUUGAGGAAUACCGAAACAUCGAUAAAGCACAUAUGCUCCGGCAAUCUGGAGAAACGGUAUGGGAUGCGAUAAAUGAUGGCAGUAUCUUCUCUUGUCCAUCACUACUGUCUUCAUUCGUCAUCUUAUCGUACGCAGAUUUGAAGAAGUACAAGUUUUACUACUGGUUUGCUUCACCUGCUCUUCAUUCGGAUCCUUCUUGGACUGCCUCAGAAAGUCCAAGUAAAGCUCCCAAACCCUGUUCUGGUGGGAGUGAAAGCAGUAAUACUGGGUCUUUGACUGCUUCCGAGAAUUCUGCACUCGUCGAAGCGGUUCAAACAUGGAGCUAUGGUGUCGACGCACGCCAACGUGGCUUUUUUUUAGCUCGAAGAAUUUCCAGCUUAGAUGGCCGUGAAGACUCUUCUGCUACCACUGGUGAAAAGACGACAAGCCAACAAGAACUGACGCCCAACCAGUGGAGAAUUGACGCCCUCUCGAGCUAUGAGAGCGGUUUCUUCGAUGGAGCAAAACCAGAAGAUUGCUUCAUAUGCUUCGUGGAUCCUUCGAAUUAUGCGAAUGCACCCGGUUGGAUGCUGAGGAAUUUACUAGUCCUCGUGAAACAGCGCUGGGGGCUUAAUCGAGUUCAAAUUCUCCGAUAUCGCGAUAUACAUUCGAUGCGUGAUCAAUGUCGUGGCACUAUCAUCACAUUGGAAUCGAAAACUUCGCCCGAUUCGAGGUCUACGGAAGCUUCACCAAAACCCAUGCCCAAAGUAACUGGGUGGGAACGCAACCCGGAAGGAAAGUUAACAGGGCGAAUGAUUGACUUGACGGAAUAUCUUGACCCUAAAAGGCUGGCGGACCAGUCUGUAGACCUCAAUCUCAAGCUCAUGAAGUGGCGCAUCAGCCCCAAUUUGGAACUAGAGAAGAUCAAAAAGACCAGAUGCCUUCUACUAGGCGCAGGGACCCUAGGGUCUUACGUUGCUCGAAACUUAAUGGGCUGGGGUGUAACUCGAAUAACCUUCGUUGAUAACGGGUCUGUAUCGUUCUCUAACCCUGUAAGGCAACCGUUGUUCAACUUCGCCGACUGCAUAGAUGGCGGUGCCAAGAAGGCACACCGUGCUGCGCAGGCUUUAUCGGAGAUUUUCCCUGGGGUUGAAUCUACAGGACAUGCGCUCUCCGUACCGAUGGCAGGCCACCCGGUGAUAGACGCCGAAAAGACCCGAGCAGACUUUGAAGUCCUCAAAGAUUUGAUUGACAAACACGAUGCUAUCUUCGUUCUGAUGGAUACCAGAGAGUCGCGGUGGUUACCGACAGUCAUGGGAAAGGCCGCCGGCAAGAUCGUAAUGAAUGCCGCACUCGGAUUUGACUCUUACGUGGUUAUGCGUCAUGGCGUCAAGAAUAGCGCCGACCCAACAUCAGAACUUGGCUGCUAUUUUUGCAACGAUGUUGUGGCACCUAUGAAUUCUGUGAAAGACCAAACACUCGACCAGCAGUGCACUGUUACUCGGCCCGGGGUAGCCCCCAUAGCUUCAGCGUUACUGGUCGAGUUGUUUAUUUCAAUCCUCCAACACCCUCAAGGAGCAGCAGCGCCAGCUCCGGCUUCACGAAGUGAGGAGUAUGGAAACCAUCCUCUAGGACUUCUGCCGCACCAGAUUCGAGGGUUUCUGUCGACAUUUGAGAAUAUCACGGUAGCGGGUCGAAGUUACAAGUGCUGUAGCGCCUGCUCAGACAAUAUCAUUGAUGCGUACAAAAAGGAGGGUUGGGAGUUUAUACAGAGGGCAUUAAACGAGACCGGAUAUGUCGAAGAGUUGAGUGGCCUCAAAGAAGUUCAAGCGACAGCAGAAGCGACGAUCGACGAUAUCGAAUGGGAUGAAGCUUCUGAAACAGAUGACUUCGCCGAGGCGAUGUAGGUAGUAUGAAUGGGGUUCUGGUGUCAGGCAUAGCUCAGAUGUAGCUGUGUUUGAUGACGAUGAGAAGGACGCACCCACGUGUUACCUCGACUAAUAUUUUGCCUUACUAUCUCUUUUCUUCUUCCAGUUCCUUGUCCUUUCCAUUAUAUAUUCUUCCUCUGUUUCAUGGUGGUGCGAACACUUGAUCUUUUGUUGCACAUUGCUUGCGUCUAAGGCCAAUGAAAAACGUCUCCUUCGAUUCCUAUUAGUCAAGUCAGUACGCGGUCAUUUUUUGGAGAGAAUAUAGAUAAUGGCACGAACGCUACGUGAAGACUCUGGUUUCAGUCGAUGUACCUUCUCGAACAGGUACUUCAACUGUUUCUCCAAAGCCCUGUCUUCGGCACCUUGGUAGAAUUUGCAGAUAAA